GAUGGUGCUGAAAGAGGAGACUCAUCAAUGGAACGAAGUGAAAGAGAAACAGCAGUUUAAGAAACCCCAAGAAAUAACGACUGAUGAAAAACUCACACAGACUAAAAAGACUUCAUCACACAGAAUACCUUGUAAAUCUAAAUCUAGGUGUAAAACCCACGUGAGAAUUCCCACUGGAAAGUUCACAUGCCAAGAGUGUGGAAAAAGCUUCUGUCAUGCAGGAAACUUUGCAGCGCACAUGAGAGUUCACACUGGGGAGAGGCCGUACAUGUGCCAACAGUGUGGAAAAAGCUUCUAUCAUGCAGGAAACUUGGCAGCGCACAUGAGAAUUCACACUGGGGAGAAGCCUUACUCUUGCCCUCAGUGUGGAAAGAGUUUUAAUCUAAAUGGCACCCUUGAAGUCCACAUGAGAACACACACUGGAGAGAGAAGUUUUACUUGCACACAGUGUGGGAAAAGUUUUUCUCAAAAACAAAACCUUCACACCCACAUGAGGAUUCACACUGGAGAGAAACCUUACAGAUGCACAGAGUGUGGUAAAAGUUUCCCAUAUAACAGCUCACUCAAACACCACAUGAUAAGUCACGCCGGAGAGAAGCCGUUUGCAUGUGCUCAGUGUGGAAAGGGCUUCACAUCCAAAUCUAGCCUCAUGAACCACAUGAAUGGUCACACUGGAACCAUAGUGUUCACAUGUGAUCAGUGUGGAAAGAGUCUCACACAUAAAGACUCCAUUAAGAGCCACACGAUGAUUCACUCAGGAGAGCGUUUUAGAUGCAGAGAGUGUGGAAAGGGCUUUAAACAUAAAAGCAGCCUCAGCACUCACAUGAAGCUUCACAAUGGAGAUCAGAGUCCUCAAAAAUGAGGCCUUGUCCACACAAACAUGAGUAUAUUUAAAACAGCAGCUUGUUCAUGUAGUUUGGCUGUUCAUUAACGAGAAGUUUAAUUAUAAACUACUUUCAAGAGGAUCACAUGCAUUAGCUGCAUUAGUUGCAUAAUUCUGCAUUAGCUAACACAUGAUUCACCAAUCAGAUGAAUCCUAACUCACUGUAAAUACCCAGAGUUUUUACCUCAGUUACCUUCGUCUUGAAGAAGCACCUUUCACAAUUACAGCCUCGAGUCUUUUUAAAUCCGAUGCCACAAGCUUGGCACACCUGUCUUUGAAAAUUUUGCCCAUUCCUCUUUGCAGUACCUCUCAAGCUCUAUCAGGUUGGAUGGGAAUUGAAGGUGUACAGCCAUUUUCAGAUCUCUCCAGAGAUGUUCAAUAGGAUUUAGGUCCGGGCUCUGGCUGGGCCACUCAAGGACAUUCACAGAGUUGUCGUGAAGCCACUCCAUUAGCUGCAUAUCCACUGUCGGGCCAGUGUAAGCCAGGGCUUUUAUUGGACCGGGCUGAGCCAAUCGCUCGGGAGGUAGAGCAGUGAGGCCAAAAUCAUGUCGAGUUUCCACUGUCGGGCUAGUAGCUCGCAGCGCUUCAUGCAAAUCCCACUCCCAGAAAGUCCCCCGAAUCAAACGUCACACAACCCGCCCACUUCAACGGGAAUCAGGCAGAUAAAGCACACCAUCGCAUUAUCACAAGAGCAUUAAAAUAAAGACAACCGAAACAAGCAAACGACACGAUACUGUACAGCAGUACAUUAUAUGUCUAUACUGUGUGUUAUUUUUCAUCAUAUUCAUUUACUCACCGACCGACUGUUGGCAUUGAAAAAUCGAGUGGUCUCGACAGUGCAUGGAGCGCACCAUCCAUAAUAUAACACAACAGAAAUUCUCUGUUAAUAACUCGGUAGAAAAUGUAGUUUAUAAAAUCCUUAUUUAGAUAUACCCUUUUAAACAUUCAGCCCAAAUGCUCCAGAGAGCCCUGAAACAUUCAUUUUUCCCUAUAGGCUAUAUGACACAAUAGGUGAUUCCCCUUUAUUUAAGGAUGCUGCAGUUUAUUCUGUGAUCUUAAGUAAAGGAACGUGUUAAGUAUUUCAGCACAUAAGAGCAAGUAAUAAAAUAUAGCCUAUAGUUUGUUGCGCUCAGCAGCUUUUCACUAAUAAAGCUCUUCAUGUAUUUAAAGUUUCUUUUUUAAAUUUUAGCACGUCAUAUAAAAGCAUAAACACUUGUUUGAGGACACAGAACACAUUUUGUAUUUGCAGUUUUCCUCGAUGCGUUUGUCAAGAGGCGCUGCGCAGGACAGAAAAAAAGGUAGCCUAUUUCUGCUUUCACUCACUCAUAAAAUGCUCUGUUUGCACGAUUUGAUUAAUAUCAUCGUAUUUAAAUACUUUAUAAAUAAUAUUUCAAACCUCCUCCGGUGUUUAUUGUUUUUAGAAAAUAUCUAAAAUCUUUAUUUCAGACAGGCCUUUGUAAAAUGACAUUUAUAUAUGGCUUAACGGUUUGAUUUAUGUAUUGUAUAUACCUAAAUUGUUAUAGCUAGCUUUUGUUUGUUUUAUAUUGGUUUAUAAAAAAUUCACCCCCCUCAGAUGAAACUCCAGAGGAAACGCUGGAUAGCCCGGUAAUGCGACAUUAAUUGUUUUAUACUGAAACUUUCCUUCUAAAUGUGCUUUCUUGGUCUUAUCCAUAUUUCUUUGUAUGUUGAACACACAUCGGCCACAACAGGAAAUAAAAAACUGCAACUGCGUGAAUUUUUUUAACAUGUUAAAUAUUUCAAAUUAAUCGCAUGCGUUAACACACUAGUUUUGACAGCACUAAUAUAUAUCUGACUGCUACUAACCAUGCUACAUAUCCCAUGUUGGUGGGAUUGGAGGGGCAGACUUUUGACUUCAAAAACCUGCAUUUAUGAAUGAAGAAUUUGGCAAAGCAUAAAAGGAUGUUAAUCAGGUAAUGCUGUGUACAAUUUUCUUCAGUUACAUCAAAUUUAACUUGUUUAUAGCAAAAAGGGUUAACGUGGAUAUUGACAUGAGACAUUCUGUCAUGUACAUCAGCCUAAAAUAACUCAGAGUAUGUACAAUUGUAGAAAAUAUGCUCAGUGGUUUCAAUAUCACUGUCACAACCUUAACAAGAGUUCUCCUCAGUAUCAAAUCUCAAGAAAUUCUUUUGAUGGAUACACAUCACUAAUCAUUUUACACUGAAGCUCUUUGAUUUUGGGGAGAAUUGGAUAAGAAAUUUAUUUUUUCUAAUUCCUGUGAAUUAAAAUCUGUAAAAAUAAAAUGAGGUCUGAGCUGAUUAGGAUGAAGCCUUUAAUUAAGAAUAUUCAUUAAAAACGUAUUAUUAAGCUGGGACUGACAUGAUCAUUGUAUUGAUUUCUAAUUAAGUACUCAAGGGGCUACACACUCAGCUGAAUUAGCUACAUUGAGCAGGACAUUUCUUUCAGUAUACUCUUAAAGAGAUGAAAAUGAACUGAAAAUUCUGUCAUUAAUGACGCGUCCUUCACUUGUUCCAAAUGUGUCUGAGUUGCUUUCUUCAGUUAAACACACACAAAAAAGGAUAUAUUUAAAGAAAGAUGAAAGCCUGUAAACAUUGACUUCCAGAGCAUUUGUUUUUUCCUAUUAUGGAUGUGAAUGCUUUCAGGUUUUCAGCUUUCUUCAAAAAAACUUCCUUUGUUUUCAACACAAUAAAGAAACUUGCAAGUUUUAUAAAAAAUGUUUACAGAGAGUAAAUAGUGAACCAUCCCUUUAACACAACCAGCUGACUUUACUAGAACAUUGUAUUGAAACCCAUUGCUUAAACCUCUUACAUUUUAUACAAGAUACAACUAAACAGCCCCACUCGAAUUAACAUUUUACCACAAGUCCAAUAAGAGUGUAAAAGUUCUAAGUUGAUUCAAGUAGGGCUGUUUAUUUUCACCUGGUGUAAAUACAUAAGUGGUUUAAGGCAACGGGUUUCUUUAGAGUUUUCUAUUAAAGUCAACUAGUUUGGGUUAAGAGUGUAAUGGGUUACAGUAAUAGCAGUGAAUCAUGCAGGCAUAAAGUAAAUGUUUAGCCAUGUAAAGCAUUAAACUUGUCAUAAUUUAGCAAUAUUUCUAAGGUGGAGUACUGUAUGCUGUUAAGACAUUGAUGAGUCAAAUAUGAGAUGUGUGUUUUAAAUUUCAAGAAGUGAUUUACCAAUAUGUUCAUCAAGAUUCAAAUCUUGCAUCUUAUAUUUUUUUAAGGUUUUGGGCCAAUAAUACUCCUGUUCUGCUAUUUAAAAAAGCCUUCUGGAAUUCAUGUCAGCAUUCCCUUCAAUGAAAACUACAGCAGUGGACAUCAGUGGAGAUAAAACAUGUAUGAGAAGGAUAAAGCCUCUUCUUCUGGCUCUGCACCAAUCAGAUUGGUUUUUAACAUCCGAUGACGCGAUGCAGUAAACAUUCUAAGCACAUCGGUUAUCGCUCGCUCCAGGCAACACUCAGUGCUGAACACAUCGGUGUUAUCGUACGCAUCAAAGGGUUUGAAGUGUGUUCAUUUUUUUCUUUUAUUAUUCAGCGAUUCUUCUGCGUACUACAGCUUGAGAACCACUGCCUUAACUUAUUGGGUUUUACUGUGUGUGUGUGCAAAUGUAACACUUUGUUGUUGUGUGUAGUCAACAUAUUGAUGUUCAUGUUU